GUGACUGUGACAUGAGGCUCUAUUCAGUCAGUGUUGUGUUGAUGUGAAGCUGCUAGCAGCAGGACUACGUCGGUCUUUCUGCAGGUCGGAGUUCUUGCAGACCUCUAUUUUUUUUCUUUCCAGGAGCCUUUCCAGAUAAUUUUUUUAUAGGAUUACAGCAUUUAGAAAACCAAUGCUUUCUCUUCUUUUUUUCUGAGGCGCUGUAAUGUCUUUGGAAUUGAACCCAGAAAGGGAAGCAAAUACAGUUCUGUACAAGACAGUCGUGGAUUUGUAUGCAGUUCAUUCGUUUCAUUUACUUAAAGUGACUAAUCUACUUUCCAAAAAUCUUAUUGUUUUCUAUGUGGUAUUUUUAAAGAUAUAACUAAACACCACGCAUUUCAAGGAUUUUCUGUGCAGUGCCAAAAAGGGGAGUUUUAUCCUGGAUCCAAAUUCCUGACGGAUUGCAUUAGCUACAUAUACUGUAUCGUGGAUACAGUAAAUAAUCUCAGUGCAAACAACUAAAUAACUGAAAGCUAAGAGAUAAUGUGUGAACUUGUAAAGGUACGUGAGUAAAAUUAAAACAAUGCAUAGUAACUUGCAUGCCAGCGGCUGAGUUAGUGUAGGAUAAACACAUUAAUUUCAGAAUAAUAAUUAAAACAAAAAAAACAAACAAAAAAAAAAAAAAACAGUCCUAAGCACGUUUCUUUGAAAACUGGUACACAUCUUUUCGGGAGAAAAUUAAUUUUAAAAAGCUUUGGGUAACUAUUACCAUAACUCAAACACACCUUGUUUAAGUAUUACCAUAACUCAAGGCACACAUGUUUAAGUUGAUACCGUAAAAACAAUCCUUUGAGGUUUUUUUUUUAUGUUUUGGAAAAUGCAUUUUGCAUAACGCCUAAAAACGGUUUUGUUUCUUUAUUUUACCGCGUUAUGGCAAAUAACACGAGACCUUUUGAUAAUCGGAAUAUCGUUUCACAGUAUAUCCAUGACAAACUCCUGAAAAGGGGCUAUGUGUGGGACUCCCACGUGGGCAGAGAAUCGGGUUCUCCAAAUAAUAAUGGAUUGCUCGACUCCUCCCCCUCCAGCUCUCCAGUUUUGGUACGGCGUACCGCGCCAAAUCCUGGACAGGAUCCGACCCCUUUUCUAAACCGAACGCUCCGGAUCGAGCCUCAUGCAGACCUCCAUAAGGUUUUACGCGAAGCCGGGGACGAAAUCUCACUAAUGUAUCAUAGAGACUUUGCGGAGAUGGCCGGGCAGUUGCAUUUCACACCAACCACAGUCCACAUGAAAUUUACAUCAGUGGUCGAAGAGCUUUUCAGGGAUGGGGUGAACUGGGGGAGGAUUGUUGCGUUUUUCGAGUUUGGUGGGACAAUGUGCGUUGAAAGCGUGAACCGAGAGAUGACGUCGCAAGUGGAUAAUAUAGCAAACUGGAUGACUGAGUACCUAAAUGGACAGCUUCAGAACUGGAUCCAAGAGAAUGGAGGAUGGGAUGCCUUUGUGGAGCUAUACGGAAGUCAGAGGGGUUCGAUGUCCAACUACUCCUGGCCUUAUCUGAAGACUGCCCUCAGUCUGGCUGCUUUGGGUGCUGCUGGCAUCAUCAUUGCUGCUUAUUUUAUGCAGAAAUGAAAUGAAGAAGCCUUUCCUUUGGGUUUGAAGCGCAGCAGUUAAAAAUAAUAUUGCCCGCAAGUGAUUAAAAUGCGGAUUCUACAUUAGCCUAAAUAGCAAAUACAGUAAAACAGCACACCUCUUUCUUCAGGGGAUACAUAGCACAAAGCUUUUUCAACAAUAUCUUGAACACAGUGACACAUUAUUUUUUUUUUUUUUAGGGUUUCUUUUGCAACAACAGUACACAGUUUUACGAGCGAUGUUGUUGUUCCACAGGGGGGGAUACAUGCACAUGCCUCAACCAAUAUCUUGCUUUUUUACUUUGCCUUUUUUAGGAUCGACAUUUUAGAAAAGCACCAUUUAAACAAUGCAGUUAUCCACCAAAGUCCUGGCCCCCAGGAGUGUGUGUGUGUGUGUGUGUGUGUGUGUG